CGUAAGUCCUGCGCACGUGAAUAAAAUUGCACAAAAUGGCAGCUCCCAUGAAACAGAGAAAACUAAAACGAAGAUCGAAGCCCUUCGUGAAGAUUUCCUAUGAUUCAGGAAGCGAAGCUGACGUUGAAAGUGAGAAUGAAGUAAUAGACAAUGUGGCCGAUUCUAAACAUAUUGGUGAUACUGCUGUUAAUAAAAGCAAUGAUACAGUCAAUACUACUCCAUCUGAAGAUGUGACCGAAAGACUAGAAGGCAAUAGUGUAAUUGACAAACAAGAACAAGAUGAUCAAACGAUGUCAGGCUGGGCUGAUGCUAUGUCAAAAAUUUUAGGAAGAAGAUCAAAAAAGAAACUCACAAUACUUUCAAAAUCAAGAGAAAUAAAAAAAGAGAAAGAGAAGGAGAAUGAAGAGAAGUUAGAAACUAAACAGAAGCUUGAGCGGAAAAGAAACUGGGAACAGAUGUCAAGAGUGAAACCAAAAGUCACUGACAGAGAGUAUGAAAAAUCAUUACAGAGAACUGCAACAAGGGGUGUGGUCCAGUUGUUUAAUGCAGUAAAGAAGCAACAGAAAACAUUGGACACAAAAUUAAAAGAAGUUGGUUCUUCUGAAAGAAAACGAACGAAGGUCCUGGAGUCAAUGACAAAGGGUGACUUUGUGGACUUAUUGAAAGGAACAGCAGCCAAUGUGAUUUCUAAACCAGAUAAAGAUUUGUUGAAGAUGCCAGCAUCACUGAGUCACAACUCAUCAGCAAAGAACAAAGAGAGUGAGCCCUCAUGGAGCGUAUUGAGGGAGGACUUCAUGAUGGGGGCUAAGAUGAAAGACUGGGACCAAGAGAGUGAUAGUAAUGAUGAUGAAGAUAAUGAAGUUGAAAACAUGUCAGAAAGUGAUUAAUCAUAAUAAAAUUAGAAAAAAAUUG